AUGAGAAAAGUCUUCACUCUUGACCGAACAUUUCUGAACAAUUACUUAUCAAGUUAAGUUAGUUUUGUAAGGCCAUAAGCGGCUGAGCCACUGACCUCAACACCUCAGCUCGAAAGACGACACCCGGUCGGGUUCUGAUGUGGCCAUACUCCCAGGCCAGACGCCAUCUUGAUUUCUGGUCAAAACCACCUGUCCAAAGGAUCAGCUCCUUUGGGCAGAGCCACUUCUGUCUGAGUGCCCCGAUGGUCCCGAUGAAGGAAGACCAUGUGUGGUAGGAAAAAACCUGUCUAGCCCGUCUAGCAGGGACAGGGAAAACCUUCGGGGGAGAAGAAAUAAAACUUCCUCUUCUGCACGGCUUCCUCACAACUGAAGGCCUACUUAGGACAGGAAUGAGACCUGUAUCUUCAGCUUCAUCAGCAAUGGGUCCUACCAGCUCCAUAGGAGGUGAGCCUCGGAGUCCAAUUUCCGUCGACAUCACCAUUUUAUUUUUACUUAUCAAGGAAUCCAAACUUUGGCUUCAAUGGACUUGGUGAAAUUGUUUAUCGUCGCUCCUAUUCACGUCUCCGUGAAGACCACACAUAUGAAACUUGGCACCAAACAGUAGAAAGAGUUGUAAAUGGGACUUUUUCUUUACAGCUAAAUCGAGCUGAAAACUUAAAAAAUAUCAGAGGACAUGCAGAAAUAAUGUAUGACAAAAUCUUUAAUUUUAAGUUUUUGCCGCCUGGGAGGGGUCUUUGGGCUAUGGGUACAAAAAUCACUGGCUUCCCCUUUUGUUAGCUAGAAAAUUCAUUAUUUUUUUAGAAAUUAACCAUAAAUAUUAUAUCCAUUUUUAAGCAGCUUAGGCUCUAGAAAUAAAUUUAUAAUUAAAUUCAUUAUUUUUGAAAUUGUAUUCUUUAUUAUUAACAUAAAAUUUGUCAAAACAAUUAGCCUUGUGAGAAACGUAAAAUAUUUUACUCGCUCACUGAGGGGAGUGAGGAAAAAUUUCUUUAUGCCGCAUUAAAUAAUUGCGCCUUUGUAUCAACCAAAGAUUUUGAACAAGAAACUGGAUACAAGCCUUUUACUUUUCUCAUGGAUGCUUCUAUGCUUGGGGUAGGUGUAGGAUUUGACACUAAAGGUUCAGGAAAAUUAGAAAUUUGCAAGCCAAAUGGGAGUGCGACUUAUCAAAUCCCUGAUACAAGAGAAGGGUGGGUAAAUUCUCUUAAAUUGCUAUUGGACUCAUUUUUUAUACCAGACAAACCUGAAACUAUUUUUGAUUAUUCUUUAAUACGCCCAGCUGGCAGGAUUUUAAGUACUUUUGGUGGAAUUGCAGCUGGGCCAGGCCCUCUUAUAUCAAUGCACGAAAAUAUCAAAAAGAUUUUGUCAAGAAAAAUAAAUCAGAAAAUAGAUACAAGAGAUAUUGUGGAUAUUAUGAAUAUGAUAGGGAAAUGUGUAGUCUCUGGAAAUGUUAGAAGAUCUGCUGAAAUUGCAUUUGGAGAAAUUGAGGAUGAACAAUUUUUAGAAUUGAAAAAUUAUGAUAAAUACCCUGAAAGACAAGAAUUUGGAUGGGCAAGUAAUAAUUCCGUGCUAGGAAAACUCGGCAUGGACUAUAGCAAAAUUGCUGAUUGCAUAAGAAGAAAUGGAGAGCCUGGUCUAGCCUGGCUUGAAAAUAUGCAAAAAUAUGGAAGAUUAUGUGAUCCACCUAAUUGAAAAGAUUACAGGGCACUAGGUGGAAAUCCUUGUUUAGAGCAGACUUUGGAGUCUUAUGAACUAUGCUGCUUAGUUGAAGUCUUUAUAAACAACCAUCACAACUUAGAUGAGUUUUUAGAAACACUGAAAUAUGCUUUUAUGUACGCAAAAACCGUCACAUUAGGCCUGACUCAUUGGGAAGAAACUAAUAAUGUAAUGGGUCGGAAUAGAAGAAUUGGCUGCUCUUUAACUGGACUUUCUCAAUUUUUAGGCCGAAAUGGCAGUGAUACUCUAAAAAAAUGAUGCAAUGAAGGAUAUAGAUUUUUAAAAUCAUAUGAUAAAGAAAUAUCGCAAACUUUUGGGGUGCCAGAAAGCAUUAAAGUUACUUCUGUAAAGCCAAGUGGAACUGUAUCUUUAUUGGCUGGCUCAACUCCUGGAAUGCAUUUUCCACAUGCUCAUCAUUAUAUAAGAAGAGUGAGGGUGCCUAACACUGAUAAAAUUAUGCUGAAUAAGCUGAAAGAUGAUGGAUAUCAUAUGGAGCCGGAUGUAAUUGACCCAAAUGCGACUGUUGUGUCUAUUCCAAUCAAAGAAAAUCCAAAGGUAAAAGUCCUUAAUGAAGUAAGCAUGUGGGAGCAAUUAAGUUUCGCAGCAUUUUUGCAAAAAAAUUGGGCUGAUAACCAAAUUUCAUGCACAGUAUCGUUUGAUCCUGAAAAUGAGGGGCAUUUAAUUCCUGAAGCCUUGGACUAUUUUCAGCACCACUUAAAAGGGAUCAGUUUUUUACCAAAAACUCAAAGUAUUCCAUAUCCCCAAAUGCCAUAUGAAGAAAUAUCAGAAGAAAAGUAUCAUUCAAUGAUUAGUCAUAUAGAUAAACACAGAAAAUCCGCUCCACAAGAAAUAGAGCAAGAGCGUCCAUCCUAUCCCGAUCAAUUUUGUGACUCAUGCUCAGUUGAGUAA